AAGGAUCGAUUGACACUUAUAUCCUUCAUAAUUAUUGCCAUUAUCGACGUAGCUCUAUUCGCAGUAUCAUGUUCGAUUUCACGCAUUCAGUUGAUCGGUAGCCAUCAUGGCAAAAGAUUUGUUGUUCGACUGUCAGUGAUUAAUCCACACGUGCCUUCCAUUUGUUCGAUUAAAUUGACAUUUAGGAUUAUGACACUACAUACCGAUAUCUGAGAUGGUAACUGUGAGGUUGAAUAUAACACCGACAGAUGGAUCAUACUAUGGGGAAAAUUCCCAACAGAAUCGUUUACUUUCAACUGUUCGAAAUCGGCUAAGCCAAAUAGCAUCGACACUCCAGGCAGCCGUUAGGUUUCGAAGAUUUUCUAGAAAAGAAUCGAGCGCCGCACCGGAUUGGUUCGUGGAUAAAAGUCAUCUCGAGGAAAAUACCGCCGGCGAUAAGGACAAUGGAAACGGACCCACUUGUUAUGGACACCGUAUUGUUGUUGAUCCCACGAACCUGUCACAUUAUGUGUGGCUCAUGGUGGUAUCAUUGGCAGUUCUUUACAACGUAAUAUUUGUUUUGGGCAGAGCAGUUUUCUGGGAAUUGAAUAACAAACUACAAAUCAGACCUCUAUGGUGGACAUUAGAUUAUCUCUGUGAUGUUAUUUAUAUUAUUGAUGCCUUUGUACACGCACAUGAAGGUUAUUUGGAACAAGGCCUUCUAGUAACCAAUCCGCAGAAACUCAGGGCGCACUAUCUCCAAUCAAAAUCUUGGCGAACAGACAUUUUGUGCGUCAUUCCUACAGAUUUAACUUAUUUUUGGUGGGCCCCUAAUGAGUGUGAUCUAAAAGUGCCGUGCCCGGUAAUAGUGCGACUCAACAGACUGUUUAAAUUACCAAGAUUAUGGGAAUGGUUUGAAAGAACAGAAACAGAUACAAACUACCCGAACGUUUUCAGAAUUUGCAAAGUGGUACUCGCUAUCCUAGUGUUGAUACAUUGGAACGCAUGUUUAUACUUUGCCAUUAGUUAUUUUAUAGGCUUUGGGUCAGACAAUUGGGUCUAUAAUUUAAAUGGACCGCAGAAUGCUUCUUUGACUAGACAAUAUAUUUAUAGUUUUUAUUGGUCAACUUUGACUCUGACUACUAUCGGUGAAACCCCAGUGCCUGAAAACGAUGCCGAGUACUUGUUCGUUGUCGCGGAUUUCUUGGCAGGAGUCUUGAUUUUUGCUACUAUUGUCGGUAACAUCGGUUCCAUGAUAUCAAAUAUGAACGUGGCUCGAGUAGAUUUUCAGAAUCGGAUGGACGGCGUCAAACAGUACAUGGCAUUUCGGAAAGUCGGAAGAGAAUUGGAGGCUCGCGUGAUACGAUGGUUUGCUUAUACGUGGGCAGAAAGCGGCGCUUUAGAUGAGGAAAGGGUUUUGUCGGCUCUGCCAGAUAAAUUAAAAGCGGAAAUUGCCAUCAGGGUACAUCUGGAUACUCUUAGGAAAGUCCGAAUUUUUCAGGAUUGCGAGCCAGGUCUACUGGAAGCUUUAGUCCUUAAAUUGAGAUUACAGGUAUUUUCACCUGGGGACUAUAUAUGCAGGAAGGGUGACGUAGGAAAAGAAAUGUACAUCGUCAAAAGAGGAAGACUUCAGGUUGUGGCAGACGAUGGUUACAUCGUUUUAGCGACACUAGGAGCUGGUUCAGUAUUCGGUGAAGUGAGUGUGUUGGACAUAGCAGGAAAUCGAACAGGGAACAGAAGAACUGCCAACGUCCGAUCUUUGGGAUAUUCGGACCUUUUUUGUCUAGCUAAAGAUGAUCUUUUAGUCGCUUUAGCUGAUUAUCCAGAGGCCAGAGCAACGUUAACUGAGCGUGGCUGCCAACUUUUGAGAAAGGAUGGUCUCUUGGACGAAGAACAAUUCCGAAAUGCAAAAGAUACCCAAGAAUCGAUGGCAGAUAGUAUAAAGAAAUUGGAAGCUACGGUGCAAACUUUGCAAAUUCGACUGGCUAGACUUUUGGCAGAAUAUACCGCUAGCCAAGCAAAAAUCAAACAAAGACUUACCAGGGUGGAAAAUAAGGAAAAAGAAAAGGAAUUGGUAUCGAAUGAACCUCCAAAUGAAAAUAUGCUUGUUCCACAUGGCAGAAGAAGACUUCAUUCGUACGAAGUAAGAAGAGAAACUACCAAUUUAGGCACUAGACAUAGAACUAUAUAGUGAAAGACCAAAAUUAACACUAUGUUGCUAUUAUUAUAAAUAUGUGAAUUAUUCAUGACCGUUACGUUUUAAUUUCAGAAACUCGAAGGCUCUUGAAUGACAAUAUUUUUUGUACUAGAACUCACAAUCAUAUUUACACCAAGUAAAAUAUUCCAUAUUCUUUUUGCACUUAUUGUAAUAAAGAGAUACUUAUAUGCGUUAAAUUUUUUUGUAAUAACUUCUUGGAGACAGUAAGAUUAACUAUUUCGUUUAAUUUUUAACUCUUAUACGCUCUCAAGCCAAAUAUGAAAUGAUCAAAAUUCUUUUAAUUCAAAUAAAGAUAUGACCAAGAGGUAGAGGCAGAUCAAGAAAUACCUGGACAAACUAAGUUGAACAAGAUACCACAAUCCUAGAAAUAGUAGACUGGAAAGCAAAAUGCAGAAACAGAAAAGAAUGGAAAAGCUAACAAACGAGGCCAGGGCUGUAACAAACUGUAACAAAAAGAACAGGACUUAGUCCAAGAGAUUGAACGGUAUAAUAAUGAAUGAUGAUGAUAUAUUUAUGUAAAAUUUCCUGAUCAACGCUGCAAUAGUUCAUAGGAAAGUAAUCAAAAACAUAUAAACAUACAAAUAAAACAACAGUUAUUGAUGCUAGAAAAAACCACAUGAGACUGGUGACAAUAAUCACUAGAUCUGAAACAAAAUUAUAAGACUAUUGCUAUAGACUUCAAGUUCGGCUUCCACACAUCAGAAAAUCUAAAAUUCUGAUUGUAAUAUAUAAUAUCUAACUGGACAUUAUGUAUUUCAAUUUCAAUAACGACAUAAAAUAAAAUCAACAUCAAAAUUCAGGCUUCAGUUUGGCACAUAAUUUAAGAACUCUAAUGUACGGUACCCGAAAAAAUGUCAACAUAAGAAUUUUAAUGUAGAUACUUUAACCAACUUAGUUCCAAUCUAACGGGAUGAAUUUCAAUAAAUCUUCAUAAAUUAUAAUAAACUUUUCUACCAGGUUCUCAUUUCACUCUUUAAGUACUUGUUACAAUCGAAAUUUCUCUCUUUACAGUACCAUAGGCAAGCUGCGUACUUUUCCUGAGUGUGCUUUCUCAAAUUCAGACAAACCUUCAAAAUAAAUAUUCAUAAUAUUCACAAAGAAAAUGAAUGAUCUCGAUAUCCAAAAUCGAAUAGAAUAACCGUAUUUCUUAAAAGGAUAUAUUUUUGUUAACUUUUGAAUACAAAAAAAGGAAUCAGAAAAUAUUUUUUUUUAAUCUUAGAAUACUAAAAAUCACAUAAUAUAGAAUAAUGAAAAAAAAUUUCAAGGAAUAUAAUAAAAAAGAAUGUUGUAAACAGCAACUAAUAUUUUAUGUAACACCCAUUUGCACGUAUCACACCAGCACACUUUCAACAAGUUGUACAAUAAAUUUUGUGCGAUAUCUGCCCAAUAUUUUGGAAGAAUAUUUCUAAGCUCCUUUAUGGUUUAUGAUAGCAAAUUGUAGUCAUCAAUGGUUUUUGGAACUGGUCCCCACUAUGGAUUCAAAUCAGGCGGUAAUUGAUGAAAAUCCUGACUUUCUAUUUCCUCCAAAACCACCGCAGCUCGAUGUGGUCUUGCAUUAUCAUCAAUAAAAAUUAAGUGCCUAUAGCGACAUAAAAUUGUGGCAGUAUUUUAGCUUCCUUAUACCUGUUCUGUCAUGUUCCUGGUCCAAUUUCCUGACCAGACCAUAAUUUUGACCUCCUUGAAAAUCGGAGAAUGGUGUCAAUGAUACUUUCCUUAAAAAUCACCUGGAUCUCAAAUUAAUAUCAAGGAUUCUUCACCUCAUUGUUGAAAUCGAUACAGAAAUACAUCUACUCUUAAAAAUUCUUCAUCAUAAGAUUCUGCUGGUUAGGCCAGAUAACGGUUAGCAACUAGCAAUGGCAGUUGUUACUCUGGUCUUUCAGUUCUGCGUCUUUAAACAACAGAAUCGAUUGAGCAUCCUCAAUUGAUACUUUGGGAUACAUUUAAUCGAUUAACACCCGUCAUAACCUAAACACACGUCAACUAAUUUUCGAUAGCUAAUUUUCUUCUUAUCAUCAUCAAAAUUAACCAAACUUCUAUACAGCAGUUUUAUAUUUUUAUACAAAUACAGAUUGCUAAUCAAAGACCUCAAAAAUCAAGGAAAACAAUUCCCAAUGAUCACGUUGGAAAAAAAUAUAGUUUUUCUGUAAUAUCAAUAAAAAUCUGAAAAUAUCCUUAGCUUCUGAAUAGGUAUAUUGCACUUUAAAAUUAUUAAAUAUAUUAGACUUUCAAGAAAUCAAUUAUCUUCAUAAAAUGAAUGUUUUGAAAUAAAAUAAAAGCAUUUUUAGCUUACAAUAAUAUUUUAUAUUAUCAAAUAGUCAAUUAUGUCCAAAAUCAUUAAUAUAAAACACAUUGAAUGAAUCAUGAAUCAUGUGAAUUAGUAUAUUACAAUACUAGGGCAGAAAGUUACAAAUUUCUGCACUGCAGGUCAUGAACACGGCGAACAGCUCAGAGCUCUAAAACUUCUACCCUUCUGCUGUAUACUAUUCUUCUUUAUAGCCGGUGGAAACUAACUAAACCUUUAACGAGGCAGAAAGUUAAAGAUGUUUGCAUUGGUAAAGCUCUGAGCCGCGUACCAUAAUGUUCGAGGCGUAGCCGAGGUGCAAAAGUAUAAAGAAAAGACAAUUUACUUCAUUAAGAAUAUAUUAAUUUAGAUUCAAAAUUAAAAUUGAACUCUGGAUUGGCCCUUGAGCUAAUAGCUAAAAUAUUCUACCGCAAUUAUUAACUAUUAGUAUUUGUUUAUGCUGCACUUAUAUAUUCACAACUUCUGCUCAAUCAUAAAAUUAGACUCUUUCCAUGAUCAGGGAAAGUCUUUCUACUUUAUUCCAUGACACAAUAAUAGAUGAAGGGAUGUAAAUAAAUAUUUCUGAAUUUCAAGUAUUGUAUUAGUUUAUAUAUUUGUUAUUCGAGAGUAUAACUUGAUAGUUUCCGAAGUUUUAACAUUUCUAUCUCUAUCCGAUAAAAGUUAGCGAUGACGGUAUGUGGAUAAAAUUGAUGUAGUUGUUCCUGGGGAAACAAAAACGCUUAAGACUCCCAAGAGUAAAUUUUAUCAAAUAUAAUCGCUGUUACCAUCGCUAACUUAAGAAAUAUCUGUCAAUAUUUGUACAUCGAAAAAAUCGUGUCAAGAUGUUUUAUAAUGUUUUCCAAUCUAACUGGUGAAAAUCACGAUGAAUACAUUGCUUAUGUAAUUUACUUACCUUAAUAUUAAUUCAAAAACUACAAUUUAAUCUCAAAAGUUUUCAUAACGUAAAUACAAUAGUUUUGACAAAGGACAUACAAUCAUGAUGUUGAAAUUUUUGAAACCAUGGGUGAUACUAAUGCUGAACACACUAUUUACUUUUUGUACUAUAUCAACACUUAUAAUUGCACUGUCUGGUGCGCGUUUCGAUAGCCAAACUAUCGUCUUCAGAGAUCGAUUAGAUUUUUAUAAAAAUAAUUUUAGUUAUGUGCAAAAUAACUUUUGUAUCCGAAGCUUCUACAACUUAAGCCGGUGAACUUUUGGAAUGUUUCAACUCAUCUUUCGUCAAUGUUUCUUUAGACUAAAGAAUAAUCAGAGAUUACAUAUAACCAAAUCAGAUGAAUAGGUGGGAUAUUCAAUAACAUUAUUUUCACGUAAAUAUUCAACUGUCUACUGUGCAGUGUAUGACGAAGCAUUAUCGUGAUGCAAAAUUAACCCUACAGGAUAAGAUUUUGAAAAGUACCAGUUUGCUGAAGUUCUGCAUUGAUCUUCAAGAUCAAUUAAUUUUACUAAUCCUCUACUACGAAAGAAAACUGAGUACAAAACUGUCUUAAUCGAUCUUCUUUUUGCCAUUGUUGGUGAACGUUCUUCAAUAUACACACGGCUGUCAUGGCGGAUAGGAAGAUCAUGUUACUUUUUAGAAAGAUUGAGAUGUCCACCAUUAUUUAACAUUUCUUUUGUUUCUUGUACGACACUCACACGCUCUGCCUCAAGUUGAUCGUGUAAAAUUGAAUUGGCUGCUGCAAAUUCAACACCAAGGGUUGCCUCAAUCACUUAAUAAGUGCAUGUUGGAUCGUCUUCGAUCAUACGUCUCACUCUAUCCAAGUUUCCUACAGUAACUGAAGAACAAGGCCUACCCCCGCAUGUCUCAUUACAAAGCGAUAUCUUUCUUUUAAUUAAAGUUUUUAUAUUUCGAUGACAAAUCGUAUGUACCAUUAUUCACUUUAUAAUCACAGCGACCCAACUGCAGUCAGGGUUAAGAAUGGAGGUAUUUAAAAAUGUUUCUAGAUUCCCUAGUUUGGUGGCAUCUCAAAAUAUACAUAGUGACCCUCGUAUUUUAUGACUAUACCGCCCCUUGUACUAGUGUCGUAUAAAUCACUAUAACAAUUAUAACUUUUACAAUUCGCUAAUAUUUCGGUUUCUGUAGAGUACGAAAUAAAACAUUGAUUUGAAGUUUUCUCAAAUAAUAAAGGCUAUAAGCCUUAACUUAAUGUUGUCCGUAUGCUAUUUGUCAGUUUAUUCCGAUGAUUAGGUUUUAUGUACAACAUUUUUUAAGUUUAAAAAAAAAUAGCUCAAAAGCGAUGAAUCAGAAGAUUUGGCUAACCUCUAUAUGGUAUCGCUUUUUCCAAUCAAUCUGUCUUGAAAAACUUCCUUUGUAAUUUGUAACAGUAGCUACUAAAUUGAGGCGAUGUUCCGUCCUGCUAAAACUUAACGUCAUUGAAAUGGUUAGUAGCUGCAUUUUUUAUGAAAAGAACUAUUCGAAUUCAAAUACUUUGACCAGGCCCAACUGAUUUUUUCAAAUAAUGAUGGGACUUUAAAUGUGAUCAUAAACGCACUUCUUCGCAUAUAAUCGUUCAUAACUUUUUAACAAAGCAUCAAACGCAGCUCAUAUAUUUUUUUGUAAAUCUUCACAAAAAAAACGAACAUUUUGGGAAAAAAAUUGAAAAAUGUUUGUUUAUUAAUUUUUUAUAUCUAACAAUCAACCUUAUUA